AUGGAGGAAGGUUUGGAGGGGGGGUAUAACUCUAUAGACGCGCUCUCCAAAGCAGCGAUUUUCUCUAGGGGAACUGGUCUGUGUACCGGGAGGUCUCCAGCCACCACCUGGAGGUUGGCAAGAUGUCAUCGUCCAUCGUUUCUGCACGGGCCGCUUAGGAAGGCGCACCGCGGAGCCUGCCAGGCAGCGGCCUUCCGGCGGAACGGUCGGCGAGGCAGUCGCGUUUCUGCCCGGGCCGUUCGCGAGGGCGAGCUUGUUCCUGAGGCGGGAAACGCGGCGGGGCCGCCGUGGCGCCGGCCUCUCCCUGUUCCCAGAGCCGGGCGGGGCUCCCGCGGGCCCGCCUUCCCUCCCACCCACGCCGGGGCCGCAGCCAGGCCGCUCUCCACAGGCACGGCAGCCGCGGAGGAGCGAAGGAAGGCGGGCUUUGGGCGUCGCUUCUGUCGCGUGCCUCGAACGUGGCUGGCCGGUUGGUGCCCCGGCGGCGGCGGGGUCGGCUUGAGGGUGGCCCGGAGAAGCCUCGAAGCCCGGCCGGGUGGGGCGGGAGCCCGAGGACGCCGCGGCCCCAGAGGAGGCGAGCGUGGUGGCCCGCAGUCCGAGGCCCGGAGGGGAAAGCAGCGGCCUCGCCUCUCCCAGCCAGUCUCCCCCAGGGGGGCCCGAGUCAGCUGCGCGCCUGACUCUCCAGUGUGGUUGUCCUCAUACCCCAACUCGGAUGUCUCAGUGGCAGAAGGGAGGUUACUUAAGCUCUCGACUUCCAAAGUAGCCCUGACCAGAGAAAUCAGAGCCCCUGCUGUUUCCUGGAGUGGCCAACCCUGCAGAUAUGAGACGAUUUCUGGCCCAUAGGGCAACACCACCUGAGAAAGGCAGGAAAUGGCCACCCAGAACAGCAGUAACAGUGUUCUUCCAAGAGGAAGGAAUCUGGGAUACCUUGAGGAGGCAUGGUGGCAAACAAGAAUUGGCAACAGAAGCGUUACUUUCCCUUCUCUCCUUGUAAGGCAAGGCUGUUCUUUUUUGAUGUAGGGCAGAGGCUGGUAUACAUUACCCUUGUCAACAGAAUAUAAAGGGACUAAUGGACUUAGAAGGGCGACAUGCUGGUUAGGAGUGCACCAGUAGACAAUAAUGCCAGUAAAUAUCUACCUGCACUGCAGAGGGAGGAAUCAUCACUGUGAUUUCCCAUGAAUCCAGGGUAACGAAAAAGAGAGGAUGGGUGCACUGGGGUUAAGACAUGACUUCAGGAUGUGUGAAGAGAGGGAGCUUACGAACCGUGCGGCGGCCUGUUUCUAAAGUGUUUGGCAUUGUACAACUGUUGGAAGGAGAUCUGUUUAUCCAAGAGAAACAGUGGCCGCUUAUUUGUCAGAAAUGGGGUGGUUUUUUCCCAAAAGGUCUUGAUGUAGUGAUUAUAAGAGCUGUGAAAUAAAACCUAGUCAGAUUGUGGACAUGUGCUGAGACAAAAUGGUGAUCAGCUUGUCCAGAAAGAACCUAACAAGCCACUCUGUCUCCAGGUGUCCUGAGCAUACAGGGAAGCGAAUGCUGGUAUGUGCUAUGAAACAAGCACGAGCCCUCGGAAAGCUGGACGUGCAGAUGUGAUUUCCAACUUCAGGAGGACAAUCUGACGACUGUCUCCCGGGAGAGAGAAGUAUGCAUGCCUGAUCGUGUGCAUUUGAAACAUUUUUUCAUCUUUUCACAUCACCCACUUCCUUCAGCAGCAAGAAAUGGUAUUAGAAGACUGGGACAAAUGAAACUCAAGAUAUGAGAGGGGUGAGACUGCGCUUGCAUCACAGGACUCAACAUUGAUGGAUAUAGAUUUGGAGGGUUUUUAUAUACUUAUUUUUAUAUACUAAACCUAUGCUUUUUCAGUAUUACAUCCUUUGCACUUUUUCUAUGCUUAGGAGCCAAAGUAGUACUUGUAAUGUAACCUGUAAGAAUUUGACACUUGAAACAAGAAGACUUGAAACUCUGUAAGAACUGAUAUACUGCUUUUAGGGCUGCACUUACAUUAUAUGUUAUACUAUUCUAUAGAUUCCAAUAGAAAUCAGUACCAGAGAGCCUUUUGUAGAAAACUGAUUUGACGCAGCAAGCUGGUUUUGGCCACCUGUGGUAUUAUCUUCCUUAAAGCUGAUAAGAAACUGGGGGGAAAGGGCACGAAUAGGAAAACAUCCCUUCCUAUCCACCAGAUUGAGACUCAUUGGCGCCCUUGAAAGUAUUAUGCCCAGAAGAAAGUAGGUAAAAGGUUAGACAGUGUCCUUCCAAAAUGAGGACAGAGAGAAAAAAAACUGUGAAGACUGGAAUUCCCCCAAAUAGAGGGGCCAGCCCAGAAUUGUGCAUCUUCAAAUCAGAACUGACCCUAGAUAUGUUACGAGCCAGUAAGAUAUCAAAUAUUAGAAUACUGUAAUAUUGUUAUGAUUAUCUGAAAGUAUUAAUUGCCUGUGUUUCUAUUGCAAUUUUGAUGAGCUCAGGACACAAGGAGACCACCUACUCCUGUGAAAAUAGGCUCCUCCAUUGUUUAAAUUAAACAAUCAUAUAUUGCUUCAUUCUA